GACCUGUAACACUGGGCAGCUUUUAAUCAGUGCUGUUCUGGUUCUUUCUGUGAAGGAAGACAAACCAAACAUUCAUGUUGACCACUGACCUUUAUUCUGGAAAGAUGGACUUUCAUUCUGGGAGAGUGGUCUUUCUUUAGCUGCUGUGAUACUGGACACCAGCAUCAAAAUGGGCAAUGAGAACAGCAGUGCAGAAAAUCAGAGUGCCCCACAAGAUUCAGAAUUAGGCCAACCUCCUGGUAAUGGGCAAGGUUUGAAAAGCAGCCCUCAGGAAACCAGCAUCGAAAGAUCUGGAGGUCAAGACUGCUCAGAUCUUCUUCCUGCUGCUGUGCAACUGGCUGAGAGCAUAUCCCCAUCAACUCCAGGGCCUGCAAGCAUCAGUAAUGAAGACAUCAGUAGAUACAGUGCUGAAGAUUUAUCCAAUCCAAAUUCAAGCAUGGUGUCAUCAGAGAUGACAGGACAGAACAGUGUCUUGCAAGAAGAUGGAGGACAAACAGGCUCUGAUUUCUUAAAGCAGGCUGCAGAAGCAAGAGAGAGAAGUCUGCCUACCUCGCCUCUUUUAGGAGACUGUGCCGAAGAACAUGUCCCAGCAGAACUCAAAAGCAGAAAUGACAAGUUACCAGCCUCAAAUUGUGAGGAAGCGAUGCCAUCACCAGGUCCAGUGAGUGACAAAGAAGAAGGAAUAGCACAUGCCAUGGACAGAGGCCCAAACUGGGACAAUAUUGCUGCCACUCCUAUGAAAAGCAGCGAGAAUGAUCCCAGGAACCCCAGCUCGGAGCCCAGCUCUCCUGCAGCAGUUACAGAAAUGCAAGGAGUAGCACAAAUGAGUUUGAGUGAAUUAGGAUUGCCCUGGCAGAGUGACCAGCUGGGUGGCAUGAGGGAACCACAUGUCAGCAUGUUUCCCCAGGGUAAAGAAGCAGGAGAUUAUUUUACUGCUCAGGAGGCCAAGCAGGAGCAAGGAGUUUUGGAAGUAGGUCAGUCACAGACUGUAAUGCAGCAAGGUAGACAGGACACAGAUGGUGGAGAGGGUCUGCUAAUGACAAAGGAAACCUUAAUCCUAAAUUAUCCAGCAACAGGAGGCUCAGACAGUGAAAAAUUUGAAGCAAUUGUGAAUGCUCAGGGCUUCACUGAGAUCAGUCAAGUCUGUAAUCUACAGAUAGGGGCUGUCACAACAGCUAAAGGGAAUGAGGCAAAUCCAACUCUAUCUGGAAGCAAAGGGGAGCAAUCAGAAGCCUGUACUUUUAUGUCAGUGUUGCCUUUCAACCCUCCAAACGCCUUCCUGUUUCCAAAGCCUGAAGAGCCUUCGAGAGAGUACGUGCCUCGAAAUGACUCUCAAGAUCCAAUAAGGAGUGAAGCAGUGAAAACAGCCUCUGAAAAACCUGAACUUAUUUUUCAAAGAGAGCUUCAAAAGGAGGAUGAGCUUGUUAGUGCCGAGCAUUUCCGUGUGCCUUUAUCAUUUGAGCAGAAGGAAGAACAAAAAUCACCUGUCACAACUGAAAGCCCAAAAGAUGAAGCCGGUAGCAAUGAAAUUAUAAAAGCUGAUGAUGUGUCUAGAGAUAGCACCUCACUUUCUGAAAGAGAAAGCAUUAUCAAUCCCACCAAGGAAAAUUCCCUAGCAGAAGAAAGAUUAUUACUGGAAGAACGUGCAUUAAGUACUUCCCUGAGCAGAUCCACAGAGUUGACUCAAAAAGUAGCUGAGGUGGGUUUAACAGGAGUGAAAAAAGGAGUCAGAACAGAGGAGGCACAAGUGACAGAAACCAGUGAAUUACCUGAGGGGUCAAGUGGAGCAGAAGGACAACUUCUGAACUCUGUUAGUAGCCAUCACCAGGACAUGGAAAGUACCCACAUGGGGCACAGUCCCAAAGAUUUCAGUCUUUGUGAAAAGAUGUCACCAGGUGACUCAGGGCAAGAAGAUGGGGGAAAGCCUCUGAAUUUAGCCAGUGACUUUAAACCUCCUGAACACAAUUCACAGUCUCUUGGUUCUAAACCUGAACAACAAUUGAGCGAAUUAAAAACAGCAGCUGCAGAUGACCUGGAGAAUAAUCUUCUGCCUUCCCUGCAGUUUCCAAGGGAGGAGUGUCCUCUGAGUUUUGAUCACUUCAACACUGAGGCAGAAGAUAAAACUUCAGGCCAGCCUGGCUGUAAUGGGACUGAAAAAGUCUGUUUAGCCAGUGCACACAGUUCACUGCUCCUCCACUCUGAGAACAAUGCUAUUAAGCAGAGUAAGCAGGAUGAGUCCUGGGAAACGGCUUUUGCUGGAGAAACUGUGUUGGAAUCUGAAUGCAAAACUGAGAGUCAAGAAAAGCCUGAGAGCUACAGCAAGUCAGAAGAAAGAACAAAGUUGUCCACAUCUAAACUUGAGCUCCAGGGCUUAAAUGAGUUGGCAGGGCCCAUGGAUGCCAUGGCUCUACAAACUGAGGAGACCUCGCAGGUUUCUGGAACCAAAGAAGAGAACAGUCACAUCCCUGGAGUGCCUUGCAGCAAUCCAGAGCAAGGACCUGCAGCAGCACAAAGCAGUGCCAUGGAUGGUAAAGAAAACGAAGAUAUUCAACAGGAGAAGCACCAAACUGCAGUGCAGAGUUUCUUGGAGGACAAAGAUUUGGCACUGAAAGGUGAGUGGAAGUGUGAUGUGCUGCUGGAAGCUCAGCUGGAACGAGUGGCUGCUGAAAGUCACAGAAAUGCACAGGUGGCUUGUUCAGAAACCUCCCAAGCUGCAGGUGGUACUUCAAGACUAACUCCUCAGCAUGUUCACUUGGAGGAAGGAGGUGACAGACGUGUCAAUGAAAAGAAGUGUCCCUCUGAGAGUGACUCAUGCAGCUCUUUGGAGACCCUGGAGUGCAGUAUCAGAGAACUGCAGGAAAAUGCAAGUUUUCCAGCUGCUCUUCCCCAAACAGAGCAAAUGGGGAAGUCAGUGUCUGCUGUUGGUGACAGUGACUGGAUUUCAAAUACAGGACUUGAACAACAGAACCAGGAAAGCAGUCUGACAAGUGUCACAAGAGCAGACGAUCAGGAACACAAAGAAAGGGCCCUAAAACCUGAACAGCCAUUGGAAAUAAAUAAUCACAGCAACAUACCAGAAAUACCUCUAAAUAUUUCAAACAACCUCCAUAAAGAAUCUCCCGUGCCAGGUCCAGCACUGAUCCAAUGGGACUCUGUCCCAGCAAAGGAGCAGGGCAAGGAUAAAAGCAGUGCUGUGGUGUCAGAGGAUAUGUACAGCAGCAGACAGGGGCAAAACAUUUCUGUUGUGACUGUGUUUAAUUUGCAAGAUUGCAAUGAGCAAAACAAAACUGAUCUCAAGGCAGAAGAAAACUGCUGCAGUAAGCAAAACUCAAACAAGCCCGAGCAGGAUAAGAAUUCUUUGAUCUCAGCUAGUCAGCAUGAAGCAGCAUGUCACACUGAUACGUUUUCUAAAGAACCUGACAAGAAUGAACAGCCAGACAGCAUAUGCAGGAUAAAGGCUAAUACUGGGGAAAGCUGUGCUGCUGCUAUAAACACUCUUCCAGGGACACAGAAUUCAGCAAGUGCCACUAACAUUUCGCAGGCUUUGCCAAGUGGUACAGAAAUAGCACAUACUUGUGAUAAUUCUGAGAAAAAUGAUCCUCAAAUACCUCGUCCAGAAACUGAGGGAAAUAUGCCAUUAAUGGCAAAGAACUCGGAAAAGACUGAAGGUCUGACUGCUGCUGGGGAAGUCAUCCAGAAAGAUGGAAACAUGCAGAUAAGUUGUGAGGACAACGUUUCUGCAGCAGAAACAAGCACAAUGAGAAGUGAUAAAAGUCCAGGGACACAAGGAUCUCCUUCUCUGUCACAGGCACAUGGGGAAGUAAUUCCCACUGAUAAGUCGUAUGAAUCCAGCUACAUUCAAAAGUCACCAGAGGAGCCUGGUUAUUGUCAAGCAAAUGUUACAGCCCUCUCUCCACAGACCUCUGCACUCAGCCACCCUAGCCAGCAACCUGGAAACAAUAAGAAUUGUGGUACUGGGGGGGAAUUACUAAAUGAUGAGCUGGAAGUUGUAGCAUGCCAAGACACCUUAGAAGGUAACUCUAAUUUGCAGAUUGCUGCAGCUUCUCAGGUGUCUGUGCACUCGGGUCCUUCCCCCGGGGUAAGCGCUGGUAAACCAGCAAAUUCAGAAAACAGCUCUGCAGGGAGGAUGUGUAUUAAUGAAAAAGGUGUUCCAGACCAAAGUUUUCAGGGUGAUGGAGACAGUUUAGCCCUGCCAGAGGCUUUAAAUGUGGGGCAAGGUACUGGAAACUUAUCACAGUUCAGUUCUGAGAAGCUGCAGAAAGAGGUAUCUGCAAUUAAAUCCAAAGAAACAGAAAGUGAGCUAAGCUUCAAAGAACAGCAAACUGACAGUUCAGCAGAGUCUCUGUUAGCUCUCCCUGCUCUAGAAGGGAAGCUGCUGAGCCUUUCAUCUGGUGGUAAACAAGAAGGCUGUAAUGAGGAAAUUGCAGCCAAUAUCUGCGUAGAUGACAAGUACAGUAAGAUCUUAGAGAAACCUGGGAAUUCACAAAAAAUGGAAGAGCUUUCAAAAGAGAAUAACAACAUAACCAGGGCAGAGAUCAGUAUUUCUGAGCAGUCUGCAGAGAACUCUGGAAGGGAGCAUGAGGCUCUGACUUGCAGCUCUCUGGACAUCAGCUCCAGCCUCCCAGACUUCAGGGAGCAUAUCAGCCAGAUAUUUAAAAAAUCUGUCCACAGCACACUGAGUGCUGAAAUACCCCAACUUUUGUCUGAAAACCAUGCAGGCUUCAAGCAGAGUCCAGUGGCUGAGGAUACAGCAGAAGUGUGUGGUGCUGAAAACAUUUCAGGAUCAAACCAGGCGAGCAAAGAAGCUCCUGGGGGCACCUCAGAAGCAGAAGAGCAGGAGUUGUCUUUAGCUACUGAGACUUCCUGCGAAGCUGCUGAAGGCAGAUCUCUGCAACAAGAAAACACGGUGGCAGGGCUGCCACCAGCAAGUCUCCAGGACACUGAGGAAAACCGGCAGCCCGGCAGCUGUUUUGAAGCAGCCCCUAGACUGGAUGGUGCUAGACCUGCUGAGUGUGCUCUGGGAAAUGUGCAAAAAUCAGACAAAACCACUGAGCAACCAGAAGGGGGUGAGAUGGACAGAAAGGAAGACGCGUGUGCUGGUGGUGUUGAUCCUGAGUCGCUAAUAAGCUUAGAGAUUAAGCAGCAAGGACCGGCUUCAUUUGAUGGGGCAGCAGCUGAGAACUUCUCUGCACCUUCUGACUGUAAGCAACAACCCACUGUAGCUGUUACCUCCACAGGCGAUGUACAGGAGAGUGACUCAAAAGAUGCUGCUACUGCAGAGGGAAAUAACUUAAUUACAGAGGGUAAGGCAGAACCAGUUUCAUCUGAAGAGGAUGUAAAUCUUCCUACUGAGCAGUGCCAGGAUCCUAAGCCAAAUGAACAGGAGAAAAAUGAGUAUGGUGCUCCAGACACUGCCAGGAGCAUCUCUGACAUGGAAGCUUCAACACUUGUCCCGGGAGGAUCUUACAGUCAUGAAAAAUUGCCAGACAAUUGUAUUGCAUCACCUGGGGAGAAUCGAGAGACACACAUUCACAGCAACUUUAUGCAUGACAUAAAGUCUCAAAAUGACAUGCAGAGGAUGCAGGAUGAUCCAGAAAAUAGGAAAUGCUUGGAAACAUUGCAAGAGUCACAAGAUGCACAGCAAGAGAAGAAAGUGAUGGUGCAUGGGUUAAUAGAUUACUUAAAAAAUGAAGGAAGCCAGAAUGAUUGCUUGCAAACUGACUCUAAACUAGAAUCUCACAGUAUGACUGAGGGUGAUGUGAAAGAGAAGAGUGACACAGAGUUAAGCACAGCAAAGACAGGUAACAAAAAACCUGGAGACAUCCCUGAAACAGGUACUGCAAGGGUGUUAGUCACUGGUGAAGGUGACUUAGCUUUAAACACGAGCACUGAAGAGCAAGAGACAGACCUAUACAAAAAUCACUCUCCAGCCAUUCCUGAGGUGGAGCAGGGUGAGCACUUGGCUUGUGCAGCUCCCAGUGUUGCUGAAAAUCAGCCAAGCAAGAUGAAUUCAGAAGACGAAAGCUUGCUUCAGGAUGCCAAAAGAAAGCUAUUCCCACUUGCAUUAACUGAGCCUAAGAACCCUGACCUCAAGGAACUUCUAGACGUGGCUAUGGCAGGAUUACCUACUGAAAGCCCUCCUGGGCCAGGUGAUAAUAAACGGUUGACUUCUCCCCUUGAUCCUUCAGCACCACCUUUACCUGUUCCUGCGGCCUAUGGAAACGUUGAUCCCGGGGAUGCUGUGGAGCUGACUGCAGCAAGCACUUCCGAGCUUGAUAGCUGCAAAGAAGCUGAUCACCUCGUUUCUGGGGACAAGCCUUUGGCUACAGCCCCUGGUGAUGGUACAGAACUGCCUGCUCAAGAAACUGAAGGUUUCACAAGGGAAAAAAAGAGGAGCUCUGACUCUGAAGAAGCAUUUGAGACCCCGGAGUCCACUACACCCGUAAAGGCACCACCUUCACCUCCACAGCCACCCCCUGAAGUGGCAGCAGCAGUUGCAGCAGACACUGCAGAACAAGAGAUAAAACCCCAGCUGCCCUUGGAAGACACAGGAUUAUCUUCAGAAACUGUUCCUGUAACUGAUGUGCCACACAGUGAAUCAGUUGAAGAAAGCCCUUUCCGCCCCCCUUCCCAUUCUUUCUCCACUGUCUUCGAUGAGGACAAGCCAAUAGCCAGCAGUGGGACCUACAACUUGGACUUUGAUAACAUUGAGUUUGUGGAUUCUCUCCAUGCCUUAGGACCCAGCUCUCCAGAGUCAAAGAAUCGUGAUCCCAAAGCAAAUGUUCGAAGAAAAUCGACCGAUUCAGUCCCAGUUUCCAAAUCUACAUUGUCUCGAUCUCUCAGCUUGCAAGCAAGUGAUUUUGAUGGAGCAUCUUACCUGGGCAAUAGUGAGACAUUAGCACCAGCAGCAGAUGUGUACGGUACUGGUUCAAGUAGUGCUUCCAGUACCCUCAAGAGAACAAAGAAAUCCAGACCAGCUUCCUUCAAAAAGAAGCAGUCAGCAAAGAAACCUCUGGAUGCUCCACCAGUGAAGGAAACACCACAAGAACCAUCUGACCUUGGCCAAGCAGAUGAGGAUAAACCAGUAUUGGAAGCAAAGGUUGACUCAGUAAAGCUCGAAUGUACUGAACCUUCUAAAAUCUCUGCUGAGAAACAGGAGGCCCCACCCGUGCCUGAAGGAUCCAGCCCUUUGGAUCCAGACAGUAUUGAAGGGAUUAGUGCGUUUAGCACUGGAAGCAGCAAAGUACAAAACUCUCCCCCUGCCAGUAGGAAAACACUACCUCUUACAACGGCACCGGAGGCUGUGGAGGUGACUCCUCCAGACACUGGAGGACAAGAAGACCCUCCAGUCAAAGGCAUUGCAGUGAGGCUGGAGUUUGAUUAUUCUGAAGAAAAAGGGGUGAGUGAAGACCAGCAGGAGAGCACUCCUCCUCCCAAAAGAGCAGGUAAAAAGCCUGGUGCUAAAAUGCCGCUACGGAGGCCAAAGACUAAAAAAUCAGUGGAAAAGCUUGACAAUGUUCCAACCACGCCAACCAAGUCCCCCACUGAUCCAAAUGAAAUCCCUAUCACAAAAGGCUCUUACACUUUUGAUAUUGACAAGUGGGAUGAUCCCAAUUUUAACCCCUUCUCAUCUAGUACAAAAAUGCAAGAAUCGCCCAAACUGCCUCAACAAACGUACAGUUUUGAGCCAGAGAUGUGUGAGGACUCUACUGAGCCUUUCAAGUCUUCUUCUAAGAUACCCAGCUCGCCCUCCAAAUCUCCAGCUUCCUUUGAGAUACCAGCCAAUGCCAAUGAAACAAAUGGAACUGAAGGAGACAACUUGAAUAAACCUGCAAAAAAGAAGAAGACACCACUAAAAACGAUGGUAGAAGAUGUGAUGUCUGUAUGUUCUCUGUUUGAUACAUUUAGGGUGAAAAAAUCACCAAAAAGAUCCCCACUAUCUGAUCCUCCUUCUCAGGAUCCCACUCCACUGCCCACUCCAGAAACGCCUCCCGUCAUAUCCACGGUGGUUCAUGCCACAGAUGAGGAGAAACUGGCAUCUUCAGUGACCAGUCAGAAAUGGACCUGCAUGACUGUGGACCUGAACACGGAUAAACAGGAUUACCCACAACCAUCUGACCUGUCUACAUUUGUUAACGAGACCAAAUUCAGCUCUCCCACAGAGGAGCUGGAAUAUGGCAACUCAUAUGAAAUAGAAUAUAUGGAGAAAAUAGGCUCCUCUGUGCCUCAGGAUGACAACACCCCAAAGAAACAAUCUUUAUACCUAGUGUUUGAUGCUCAGCAGGAGAGCCCUGUCAAAUCACCUCCCAUCAGACUGUCUGAUUCCACAACUCCGUGCUCAGGGUCAAGUUUUGAAGACCCUGAAGCCCAGCAAUCCUCUGGAAUGAAAAUACAACAUCCAGCUUCCCGAGUCCUAGCUGCCAGCCAAGAGGCACAUUUACAGUCACCUGACAAGUCAAAGCAGAAGGACCUUGAGCCCAUGACCCUAGGAACAACUCCAGAGGCUAUUGAAAUAACAUCUCCUGAAGACUCCUUUGUCUCUGCUGAUGCUCUUCUCAAUAGGAUAUCUAAGAAAACAUCAAUAUGUGAUCAGCCUGAAUAUCUAGAUCCUGACUUAGCAGAAAAGAACCCCCCAGUAUUUGCUCAGAAACUUCAGGAGGAGUUAGAGUUUGCUGCAAUGAGGAUAGAAGCCCUGAAGUUAGCCAGGCAGAUUGCCCUGGCUUCUUUCUGCUCCCAGAGAGAUGCUGCUAUCCCAGCAGAUGUUCCCAUCUCUAAAAGUGCACUGUACUCCCGGAUCGGCGCCUCGGAUGCAGAAGGCACCACGGGGCUUCUCUACCCCCAGCCAGACUUGGACUCUGCGCUACGACUCGCCCGAGCUGAGAUUGUUGCCAAGGAAAGAGAAGUAUCUGAGUGGAAAGAGAAAUAUGAAGAAAGCAGAAGGGAAGUAAUGGAAAUGAGGAAAAUAGUUUCAGAGUAUGAGAAGACGAUUGCUCAGAUGAUAGAGGAUGAACAGAGAGAGAAAUCUGUCUCCCAUCACACUGUUCAGCAGCUGAUAGUGGAGAAGGAACAAGCUCUGGCAGAUCUGAACUCAGUGGAGAAAUCCCUGGCAGAUCUUUUCAGGAGAUACGAAAAAAUGAAAGAAGUAUUGGAGGGGUUUCGGAAGAAUGAAGAAGUGUUAAAGAAAUGCGCACAGGAAUAUUUAUCACGAGUGAAGAAGGAAGAGCAGAGGUAUCAAGCACUCAAAAUUCAUGCUGAGGAAAAACUGGACAGAGCCAAUGCUGAAAUUGCACAAGUGAGAGGCAAGGCUCAGCAAGAGCAAGCAGCGUAUCAGGCCAGCCUUCGUAAGGAGCAGCUCAAAGUGGAUGCAUUGGAAAGAACACUGGAACAAAAGAAUAAAGAGAUAGAAGAAUUAACAAAGAUUUGUGAUGAACUGAUUGCCAAGAUGGGGAAAAGCUAACUUUGAACCAAAUUUCUGGACUUCAAUACUGAGUGCAAUAUGACCAUUGGCACACUGAUGUCCAUACAUUUAUGUGGACAGGUUAUAUUUUCACUUUUUCGUAUGCACUACUGUAUUUUCUUUCUAAAUAAAGUUGAUUUAAUUGUAUGCAGUA